AUGUCGGACUCGGAUAUAGAAUCGUAUGUGCAAAAACCAACUUAUAAAUUUCUUGGUACGAGAACUCCUUUGAGAUCUGAAAUUUGUCCUUCACCGGUUGUAGCGGGUUUACGAGAAAAAUAUGAGGGAUUAAGAGAAUCAUUAAACCCACUUCAUGAAGUUGCCAAAAAGGCUGCUUAUAUUGAUACUUUAAUCUAUUUGUUGAGAGAACAAGGUUUUGAAUUUCAUCAAAGUCUUGAUGGUGAACAUCAACUUAUUGAUUUAAUUGGAAGAAAAAAAGUCAAGAUUAAAGUAAUUGACGAUUCUAACGCUGAAGAUGAUACUGAUGGAGGUAUUAAUGAAGAUAAUGAUUCUAAUGAGAUUGAUGAAACACAAGAUACUAUCAAACUAACUUCAUCGAGUCGAAAACGUAUGAUGCAUUUUAACACUACACACGAAAAGACUUGUAAUGGCAAUAUGGUUAAAACUAACAAGAAAAUAGCGAUUAGUAAAGACGAUGAAACUGUUGUAAAAACUAAUCCUAUCAAGGGGAUAAUCACUAAAAACUAUAAUGGUACCGUCCGUCGUCCUCCCAUCAAGUAUUCUCAAACCAAACCAUCUUACACUCAGAAAGAUAUUUCUCGGCAUGAUAAUAGUUCUAAAAAACACAUGAUCAAUAUGAAAUCUACAAAUAAAAAAUUGUAUGGAACCCCUGCACCUUAUGUCCCACCUGAUUUAGCUUAUGUAGAAGUGCCAAGUAUUUCUGCUGCACUUAAAGCGAUGUAUAUCAAAGUUUAG